UCAGAGCUUCACAAAUACAAUACUUACAAUGAGAGCUCUGUCGUUCACCGCCUUAUUCGUCUUGGUGGCUCUUGCUUCCGCCAAAAAAGUCGAAGAGAAGAAACGUAGUCUUGAAAGCGGCAAUGUGAUCAUCCAAAAGAGCAUCAGCCUUAACGGCGGUGAAGCUUUGGGAGGUCUUUCCGGUCUCGCUUUAGGAGGUCUCGGUGCUGGCAGCAUCAGCUCUUCCUCUUCUCUUGGUGGAGCUGGUUUGGCUCUUGAUGCCGGUCUUUCUGGUGGUUCAAUUGGCCUUUCCGGCGGUUCCCUCGGUCUCUCUGGUGGUGCCAUCGAUGUUUCUGGCGGUUCCAUUGGACUUUCCGGUGGUUCUAUCGGUCUUGGUGGAGCUGCCUUGGGAGGUGGUGAAAUCAUUUCCUCUGGAUCUUCCUUGGGUCUUGACGCCGGACUUUCUGCUGGAUCCAUUGGUAUUGGAGGAGGUUCCCUUGGUCUUGGACUCGGUUCCCUUGGUCUUGCUGGUGGUGCCAUUGGUGGUGGUCAAAUUGUCACCUCCUCUCUAUCUGCCGGAGCUGCUGAUGCUGGUAUUUCUCUUGGUUUCGAAAACGGUGGCGAAAGCACCAACACCCAAGUCAGGAAAGUUGUACAACACGUCAACGUCCCAGUUCCAGUAAAACAACCUUACGUCGUCACCAAGGCUGUCCAAGUACCACAAGCUGUCCCAAUCCACGUCACCAGAACUGUCCCAGUUGCCGUUCAAACCAGGGUACCAGUAUCUGUACCAAAACCAUACGCCGUCAGAGUACCAGUACAAGUACCAGUUGCCGUUAAAGUACCACACCAAGUCGAAAUCCCAAAACCAUACGCCGUCAUUGAAACCAGACGUGUUGAAGUACCAAUUGCCAAGACCGUUGUUGUCAAGGUACCCCACACCGUCCAAGUUCCAGUACCAAAGCCAUACGCCGUUAAAGUACCACAAGUACAAAUUGUCCCAGUCCCACAACAAAUCUCUGUCAGAGUACCACAAAUCGUUCACCAAGGAACCGAACACACCCAAAGCACUUUCUCCGUCCAAAGCAACUUGGCUGGCAUCGGUUCCGCUGCUGGUUCCGGUGUAGGUAUCGGCUCUAGCCUCGACAUUGGAUCUGGCAUUGGUAUUGGAUCUGGCAUCGGUCUUGGAUCUGGCAUCGGUCUUGGCUCCAGUGCCGGACUUGGCUCAUUCGGAAGCUCUGUAUCUCUUGACUCCGGACUUGGUUUGGGUGGCGGCGCCGCUUUGGGCUCUGGAAUCUCCACCAUCUCCACCGGCAUCUCUGGAAUCGACUCCGGAAUCAGCGGUGGUGCCUCCCUUGAUGCUGGAUUCGGCGGAAUCGGCGGUGGUGUCAGCAGCAUUGUAUCCGGAGGAUCCGGACUUUUGAGCGGAGAAGCCCUCUCCUCUUCUUCCGAAUCCGUCAGCUUGUCUUCCGAUGAAGGAUACAGCUAUGGAGCUCCAGAUCUUCAACUAGUCAAAAGAGACUCCAAAAACGCCAGCAAGGCCAAGAAACACUAAGUGUAUAUAAAUGUAAAUAAAUUUAUAAAACAUACAUUAUGUUAAGAUAAAAUAAAUGUGAUAUAAUUUUAAA